AUGAGAGAUCUCGUGACAGCUUUUCCUGGCCAACCAAAAGUGAGCUUCAGACAUUACGCCGGUUAUGUCACAGUCGAUGAAACCAAUGGGAGGGCUUUGUUUUAUUGGUUCUUCGAGGCUAUGAACAGUCCGAACGUGAAGCCUCUAGUACUAUGGCUUAAUGGAGAGGCCAACGUACUGUUUCUUGAAUCUCCUGCUGGUGUUGGGUUUUCGUAUUCAAAUACAAGUAGUGAUUAUGGAAAACUUGGCGAUGACUUUACAGCGAGAGACACAUACGCUUUUCUCCAGAAGUGGUUCGUGAGAUUCCCAGCUUACAAAGAGAACAAAUUCUUUAUCGCAGGAGAGAGCUAUGCAGGAAAAUACGUGCCUGAGCUUGCAGAGGUUAUUUAUGACAAGAACAAGGCACACAACGUCAACGUGUCACUUCACAUUAACCUUAUUGGCAUUUUGCUUGGAAAUCCAUUGACAUCAUACGCAGAAGAUUGGACAGGAUGGGUGGAUUAUGCAUGGAGCCACGCAGUGAUAUCGGACGAAACGUAUACAAUCAUAAAAAGAAGUUGCAAUUUCAGUAGUGACACUACUUGGGAGGUUAAAGAAUGCAAAGACGGCGUAGACGAAAUACUCAAACAAUACAAAGAGAUUGAUCAAUUCAGCCUCUACACUCCUAUAUGCAUCCACCAUGCAUCAAAGCUUGAUUCUUACGCCAAAUCCAAGACGAUACCAAGGCUUUUCGAUGGAUUUGACCCGUGUUUGGAUGAUUACGCAAGAGUAUUCUACAAUAGAGCUGAUGUUCAGAAGUCUCUUCACGCCACUGAUGGUGUUCAUCUCAAGAACUGGACCAUUUGCAACGGCGAUACUGACGGAAGAGUUCCGGUACUCGCAACAAGGUACUGCAUAAAUAAACUGGCAUUACCAAUCAAGACAACUUGGAGGCCAUGGUACCACGAGAAACAGGUAAGUGGAUGGUUUCAAGAAUACGAAGGUCUAACAUUCGCAACAUUCAAAGGAGCAGGACAUGAUGUGCCUUCCUUCAAACCUAGCGAAUCUCUCGCGUUUUUCUCUGCCUUUCUCAACGGAGUUCCUCCUCCGUCGGCGCGACAGAGUUCGAAGCAAAUUUAA